AGAGGUUCUUACCUGCAAGAUCGAUGAACAGCAUUGAGGGCUGUGUGGACCACAAGCAAGCCGGUGGCUGGCACGGGAAGCCGACAUAAUCUCUCCAUGGUUUUCGUGCUGUUUCGAGGCACCUAGGCGAUGCUUGCUUUUGAUCAUCCUGCCCUCGUCUAGCCUGACACACCAAGUCGGCCUCUAAACGGGCUGUCAAGGCGAGCGAAUCUGAUUUACCGCCGCAUGGCAAGGUCAGGAAAUGGCCCGGACCAGCCGUUCGACCUUCACCUCCCACACUCUGGACGAGGCGGGGUAACCAUACACACAGUGCAACCGCCAGACUGCCCUACACUCAAAGUCGUCAGCCAAUACUCUGGGCGCCAUGUCUCCAAUCUUAUUGGAUAUGCAGGGUAUGAAACUCGCCCUAUAGGUAUAUACCUCUGUAUAUAUGAAUGUCGGAGGUGAGGGCAGGUCGUCGCCAGGGCCGGGAGACCGAAAGGGGAAAUGUGGAGGUCUUUCUGGAAGAGCACCCCAGACAAUGGUUCAUUUUUCUCGGCAACAGCCUUUUCUCCAGACAGAUGCGCCUCUCAGGGCUCGCCAGGGGGGGCAAAGCAGUGCGGAACGAUGGCUCGGCAGGGCGCGGGUUGCUUGCUUUUUCGAUGCGUCCAAUGAUUCGGCACAUCGGGCGCGUCAGGGAGACGAUCAAUCUUGGGCUCGCUGGCCCCGGCAGCCAUUCAGCCGCCUUGGACGGCCUUGUUCGAUUUUCAGCGAGAUGAGAACCGUGAAAAGCCGGAAUUGUCGCGAGUUACUGGCAGAGGUGGCAAGCAAUGCCAACUGAUGAGGGUCAGAUGCGGUGUGAACGCAUCGGCAGGAACACUCUUCUGUGCCUGAAGGCUGCAUUCGGGUCACUGGACCGAGCGGUGAGGCCGCUUGGCGUGGAGAGAAGGUUGCAGUGAUGCAUCGCCGUCUCUCGGAAGAGGGGAGAAAGCCAUAGCGAGUAUCAGAAAAUAUCGCAGCGAUCGAGGGUGGGAAGAGGGUAUUGGGGCCAAGAGGAUGCUGAGACGCGGGAAUGUGUUGCUGGUUCAACUGAAAAAAAAAAGCGUCAAACAGGUCAUUCAUGCUGGAUUCCUUCAUAAAUCCCGUCAUCCUUGAUCGAUCCUGGUGAGUAUGAUUAGUCUCUAAACGCACCAAUUGGGAGCUGUGGUGAAUGUACAUAGCUUACUGCUGGCGAUAAGUGAGGUCUAAGACAGAAAGCCACUGGUAGUUGGUUCAAGAGAAAAGUGGGCACCUCGAGAUUACAACAAGCCACUUUGAGGGUUUGUUUGGCGCGCCGUUGAUGUUUGGUGGACGGGUCAUGUUUGAUGCUAGAGCUUGCCUCAAGGUGAAGGUGGCAUCGCGGAUCUGGGCCACGGGCAGCAUGAAAAGACCCCGAAAUGAUCUCCGAUAAUUUUGAAGUCGUGCGUCGGGUUGGCUGGAUGCAACACACCCUUCUGUCACUCGUCCCUGUGUCACCACCCUUGCCUGCCGGAACUGCUGCUGAUGGUCAGAACUCAGAAGCUUCUCCUUCACCGUGCAUGAUGGGCGUUGGUGAUAGCCGUUUUGGGAACAAGGUGAGCUGCCACAGCGCGGGUAGGUAGAGAUAGAUGGAGAUAGCAGAGAGAUGGCAGAGACUGUCUGUAGUGAGAACGUGUGAGUGAGGUUCAGCAGUCAGGGGGCCUGGCCUCGUCCAUUUUGAUUUCCGCCCCAUCUUGUGGCCAUCGCGCACAUCCCGGUCGGCUUCAAUCAGAGGUCGUCGAUAAUUGCGGAGGCGCUCGGGCCUGGAACCCACUGCGAACGAGGGUUCCCUGGGUGGCUGCCGAGGGCCCGACCUGAGACCCUUUUUGGUCUCUUCGUCUCGACAGGGAAGGCCGGGGUGAGCAGGGCCAGGGUCGCGGUCACGGUGUCUCCCGCCCACGCAACUGCCAGCGCCCGCGAUUCUUCAACUCUCUCCCUCUUCUGCAUCCCUUCCAUGCCGUCAAACCGCCAGACUCGACCCCCGAGACACGAUCCGCAACGCACUCGUCCAUCGCCUUCCCCACAGAUCGCUCAUUCCGUGCAUUUCGGCAAGUUUGCCCUGUGCAUAGCCCUGACGAGCUUGGCAUCCCUCGGGCCUCUUGUGUUUGCCUGCUUGCGAGAGCCGGUCCCUGUCUUGUAAAACCAGAUCAGAUCCCUCCCGCUGCACCUCAUCAUCCUGAACAUAUUAACGAUUGCUGGAAACAAUUGAUAACCUGGAACCACCACCACUUUGACCCCGGACCUAAUCUCGACGACAACUACGGAUACUCCGAACUUCCCUGUCUAUUUCGACUACCGUGCUGCUGUUAUCACACUCAUCACUUACAUAUAUAUAUAUACCUACAUAAAGGCAUUCGCCGGGUUCAGGACGCGUGGACUGGGGAACCUGGCGGACUGGACAGCUUCUCCGGACAGUUCGAGACUUCCCCGCAAAGCCCAGACCGAGACGCGCCUCGAUUCCCAUGUUUCAGUCGACGACACACCAGUGACUUGCAGGAAACGACGCUGAUUGGGAAUGGCCACCGUGGGAAGAGAGUCGAGCUUCAUGCCGACUGUGAAAUGCUCGUCAUGUGGCUUACAAGUGGAAAUCUCCCUAAUGGGAGAACAUGAAUGUUCGGGGCCGCCGGCGGUGGAAGAAACACCGCCGAUGCCCGCCCCGUCACUUUUUGAAAGAUUUAACCCGUGGGGUGCUCCUGCUGCGCCAAAGGACCAGUCUCGGGCACCCCCUCAAGUGGACACCUCUGCUGCCAAUCGUGCCUACGCAGGACAAGGCCAGUUGACGCCAGUGAGUUCACUGUCGAGUGGAUCACAACCGAGCGAGCAGAACAUCUCGCCCAAAACACCAAAUGCUAGACCUGCUACCAACAAGCCGGACGAAUUCUUUGCUCCUCUAAUUGCCAAUGAUUCGCCUCCCCCUCAACCAACAAGGAGAUCAGGGGGUUAUGGGGGGUUGGGUAACAGGACUGAUUUCGACGACCAGCUGCCGCCAUCAAACCCAGCAAGGAAACAAUCACCACCGAAUCUAAUGGAACGCCUGAAUUCCAUCGCUCCUGGGCCGUUUGAUGCCAACAGAAGGCCUUCGAGCAGUGCUCGUAGCGAUAUAAACGAUCGUCCCGGUACUUCAGCUUCCAACCUUGGCAGCUUGGGUGGAGGACAGGCACAACCCAGCCUGAGAAAGAACGGCUAUGGGGGUUUUGGCGUUCCUGCGAGGAGUCCGAGUCGGCAGGAAGACAAUCCUCCGCCAUUGACACCCAGUCGCGCCGAUACAUUUCCUCGUCCGAAUGAAGGCUUUCCGCCACCCCAGCGAACACCUUCUGCGCCACCCGCGGCCUUGAGAAUUCAGCCGCCAGACAGAUUACGUGCCCCAUCAGAGUAUUUUUCAGACAGAGAUGGCGGGACAUCGCCAGACAGCCGAGGGUCCAUGAUGAGCGACAGACCUCGCCGUCCCAGCCGUGGGCCAGACACUUCGAGACCCCCACCUCCUCGCAGUGCUACACUCCGACCCACCACCCCUGGUCUCCCAACCAUCAACCUUGCUGAGGAGUUCGGCGUUGGGAAUCCUUACCAUACGCCUUCGGAAUCGACAGGAUCAAGCGUGUCUGUUCACAGCAUGUCGGUACAGAGCGUGUCAGCCCAGAGCAGUUUUGAGCGUCGCCCUAGUCAAGCGAGCUCCCGAACUAGCCCACCCAGGUCCAUAGCAUCGAGAUCUGGACGGAGAAAGCCUUCUGACACAUCUAGUUUUGAUAACUUGAUGUCGGAUCUUCAGUCUACAAUGGACGAUAAUCAGCAGAAACCGCCAGGUCCUGCCUCUCUCAAAAUGCCAUACAAGGGAGGUAGAGAUCGGCCAUCGCCACUAAGCGCUCGUCCGCCACCGCCAGAGGGAGGAUAUGAUCCACGCAUCGACCCGCGUGGUCAGCGACGAGCAGCAGGAGGAUCCCCUCUUCCCUCUCCGUUGGAGAUCUCGCCGCUUGGCGAAAGCCCUGCCAUUAUGACACCUAGCAUCUUGACACCUGGAUCUGGAGCUCAGCCAUCUCCAGGCUGGCCGACCCCGAAACCGGAACCAGCUCGACCUCGUGAACAGGAGCCCCCUGUACCGCAACAAUCAGCGCUGAGAGAGCUGCAGGGAGCGUCUCCCAUGGACAGGCCACAAGGUCCGCAAAGAGCACCGCCGAUGGAAGCACCAAGAGAGCUUCAAAGGGCACCCACGAUGGAAGCGCCAAAGGAGACCCAGAGGCCACCCAUGGAGCCUUUUCGACCUCAGCUCCAAAGAGCACCAACAAUGGAGGUCCCGAGACAACUCCAGAGAGCCGCCACGAUGGACGAGCCAAGGGACAUGCAAAGACAAGAUCCCAGCAGAACUCCGCAACGACCUCGAGACCCCCGUGACGAGCUUCGCGACGGCAGACCUCUCCACGAACGAUCCCGCUCGCAACCUCGCAACUUGCCUCCUCCCUCGGCCCAGCCUUCCCGCGGCGACUGCAAGGCAUGCGGGCUGCCAAUCAAGGGGAAAUCGAUUUCCAGCGCCGACGGCCGUCUCACCGGGCGCUAUCAUAAGCCGUGCUUCGUCUGCUCAACCUGCCAGGAACCAUUCACGUCAGCGACGUUUUACGUCUUGAACGACAGACCCUACUGCGAGCAACACUACCACAAGCUCAACGGCAGCUUGUGCGGGAGCUGCGGCCGAGGCAUCGAGGGGGAGUAUCUCGAGGAUGAGACUUCUCGCAAACACCACGUCGGAUGCUUCAAGUGCGGCGACUGCGGCAUGGCGCUUCGUGAUGGGUACUUUGAGGUCAACGGCAGGGCGUUUUGCGAAAAGGACGCCUGGAGGCGGGUGCAGCAGCCUCCUCCUCCGUCUAUGAUGAUGGGCGGCGGCAGGGGAAUGGGUGGUCCUCCCGGACGAGGAAGAGGGGGCAUGAGGCCGCCGGGACCGAUGGGGCUGCCGGGGGCGAAUCCGAGGUUUGGGCCGAACGGUCCGUAUGGGAAUAGUCGACUCGGACCGGGGCCGAGACCGAAGAUGGAGAAGAGGAUGACGAGGUUGGGGAUGCUGUAG